CGCGAUAGUUCUUCGCCACAUCAUUCGGGAGACGUCAAAGAAGUAGAGAAACCAGUGUCAUCCGCUCUGCCAUCAGCUUGGAAAGUCACUGUUUCUCCCACUCCUUCACCUAUUUCAUCACCACUUUUGCUGGAAGAGUCUGUGAUCUCGUCAAAGAAACGUGGUGCAGGCAGAUUCACGCCGAAGGGGGCGAAGUUCCGUGAUGCAAGCAGUCUGCUUUGCGAAACGGAACGAGGGACUCAUUUUGCACCAUGGGCUGGAGUCACGACGACUCAACAAAAACCUGAUGUGGUGCCGCUGUCGGAGAUCUUGAAGAAAGAAGCGGAAACUGUGAAGCAGUCAAAGAGUGCUACGUUACCGUCAAAACAAGAACAUGACCACGCUCAGCGUAAACGUACAUCGACAAACGUAUCUUGGACAGAGACUCUUCCAUCGUCCUCACCUGUCUCGUCUCCGCAAAAGCUUUCAUUAGCGGAAAUCAUUAAGGAAGAGGAACACCGACUCAAGAAGAAGGUAUGCAUCAGAGUACUCGUAGGAAUGUGGUUAGGCUGGACUCGUCGCGUAUCGAGACCGUUGCACUUCAUCGAGGACGAGGAGCGUGCAAUUGAAGAACUGGCACAGUUGUAUCGUGAGAAUGUCGGUGACGAGGUGCUUGUGCGAGUAGAGCGAUGCGGUAAUUUCGGUGACGUCACAUGCUCAUAUCCACCGUUGUGGGCGAAUACACCACAUUUUAGGAUCUAG